AUGUCCUUCCUCGGCGGCGCAGAGUGCUCGACGGCGGGCAACCCGCUCAGCCAGUUCACCAAGCACGUCCAGGAUGACAAGUCGUUACAACGAGACCGCCUGGUCGGGCGGGGGCCGGGCGGCCUGCAGGAGGGCAUGCGCAGCCAGCAGAUGGGCGGCGGCUCGGACGGUAUGAUGAACGAGUUCAUGCAGCAGAACGCACAGCUGCCCCAGGGCCCCGGCCCCGCGACGCCCUUCGCCAUGGAGCAGAUGCGGCGCGAGCUCGAGCGCGCGCAGCACACGGGGUCGCCUGCGUGGGCGGCCGAAUUCGAUCCUGGCAUGGCGGCGCCCGAGGUGAUGGGGCCCGCGAUGCUCGAGAGACCCGCGGGCUUCAGCCCCGCCGAGUUCGCAAAGUUCCAGCAGAUGAAUCCAAAUGCGCGGACGGCGAGUCCGGGCGUGCAGUCGCCGUCGUCGAUGAUGGGGGGAUACCAGCGGCCCAUGUAUAGUGGCGGCAUGGGCAUAGGCAUGGGCAUGGGAAUGGGCAUGGGCGGCAUGGGCAUGAUGCAGGGCAACUACGGCGCGCAGAACUUCCAGCAGCAACAACCCCAGCAGGAGGGCAAGGGCAAGGGCCGCAUGGUGGAGCUCGACGACCAAGACUGGGAGAAGCAGUUUGCCGAGCUGGAGCAGGUGGACCAGGACGCGCUGGACAAGGAAGCCAACGCGCGCAUCGAGGCGGAGCUCAAUCAAAUGGACAGGUCAGUAAACGCAGACAAGCACGACGCCGCCGACUUUGGCGACUUCGAGUCCAUCUGGGCCGGCAUCAAGGCUGAGACUGAACACGCUAGGCAACUGGCCAACGAGGACAACUUUGCGGAUGGCAUGCACAUGGGCGACCUCGACCAGUGGGAGGGCUUCGACGGGCUGAACACGCAUUCCGUGGGCGACCCGCCCAUGGGAGAUUAUCUCUUCGAGCAGAACAAUUUGUUCAAGGACAUUACGAAUCCGUUCGAGGAGGGCAUCAAGAUCAUGGAGGAGGGCGGCAAUCUGUCUCUCGCGGCGCUCGCCUUCGAAGCCGCAGUCCAGAAAGACAGCCAGCACAUCGCCGCGUGGGUCAAGCUGGGGGAGUCGCAGGCGCAGAACGAGAAGGAAACGCCCGCCAUCCGCGCGCUCGAGAUGGCGCUCAAGCUCGACCCCAGCAAUUUGGAAGCCCUCAUGGGGCUCGCCGUCAGCUACACAAACGAGGGCUACGAGAGCACCGCGUACCGCACGCUCGAGCGCUGGCUCGCGACAAAGUACCCCACGCUCAUCAAUGAGCCCCUGUCUUCGGACGCCGAGAUGGGCUUCACAGACCGCCACCUCCUACACGAGAAAGUCACCAACCUCUUCAUCGCGGCGGCCCAGCUGUCGCCCACGGGCGAGCAAAUGGAUCCCGACGUGCAGGUCGGACUCGGCGUGCUCUUCUAUGGGGUGGAAGAAUACGACAAGGCAGUCGACUGCUUCGGCGCGGCUCUCGCGUCCACCGAGUCCGGCGUGUCCAAUUCCUCCUCGCAGCUGCACCUCCUUUGGAACCGGCUCGGCGCGACCCUGGCCAACAGCGGCCGCAGCGAAGAAGCCAUCGACGCCUACUCGCGCGCCCUCGCGCUGCGCCCCAACUUCGUCCGCGCGCGCUACAACCUCGGCGUGUCCUGCAUCAACAUCGGGUGCUACACCGAAGCCGCGCAGCACCUCCUCGGGGCGCUCGCCAUGCACAAGGUCGUUGAGAAAGAAGGCAAGGAGCGCGCGAGGGAGGUUGUCGGGGAGGGGGUCAGCGAGAGGGAUCUGGAUAACAUGAUUCAUCAGAACCAGAGUACGAACUUGUACGAUACGCUGCGGAGGGUGUUUGGGCAGAUGGGGAGGCGGGAUCUGGCGGAUUUGGUGGGGCCCGGGGUCGACGUGGAGCGGUUUCGCGGCGAGUUUGAGUUUUGA